AUGGUGGCCCACAUAACCAAGCUCCUGGCUGUUGCCACCACCGUCUCGGCAUCCAUAGUCGAACUGCCUGUUGUCGUUAGGGGCAGCUAUGCAAGCGUCAAGCUGGAUAUCGGCACACCUGCCAAAGAACACCGCUUGUUAUUUGAUACCGGCUCGUCAACGAUUUUCGUUGUCAACACUGACUGUACCGAGGCCUCCUGCCCGGACGGAAAGAUCUCGGAUUACGAACGAGUAAAGUACAAUGCGUCCGCCUCAUCAACGUCCGUCAACCUUGACAUUCCCGCGUCGAUCCCGUACCUAGGCGGCGAAGUCGCUGGCGGUACCUUCCAGGACGUUUUCAGCACUACAGACGGCGGCGUAGAAUGGAACCAGACCUUCCUGUCCGCCAACCAAAGCAGCUGGCGUUUCAUCACCGCCGACGGUUUCCUCGGCUUAGGCUUUUCCACCAUUGCGGAGAAAAACACAACGACUUUGGUCGAACAGUUACUGUGGAACGGUCAACUGGAUGCUCCACGUUUUGGACUGUACUACGGAAAGAACUUGAAGGAUGAAGGCGAGCAAGAUGGUGUUUUGACCAUUGGUGGCAGCCAUGAAGACAAGUAUGUGGACGGCGAGAUGGUCUACGCACCCUUGAGGAAAGAGGCAGAAUAUCAGCUCUGGCGUGCGCCACUCAGGAGCGUCAACGUACUCGUUGCAGAGGACCCAUCGGCACCAAACGCCACUAUCGAGAUUCACAACGGUCGUCUUCCCACCACCGCCGUAACGAAGGGCGGUUUCCCAAAGGCCAACACGACAUGGUCAACGUAUCAAGCCGGAGCUGUUUUCGAUACGGGAGCUGGACGCCUUUCCGUCCCGACAGAGAUUGUCGAUGCCAUGUACUUCAACCUUGGCUGGAACGUCACCAAGCUUAUGAACGGCGAGGAGCGCAUGGAGUGUCAACAUUUGAAUGCUUCGUGGGCAGUCACUCUGACUCUUGGUGAGGGUGCUCCCGAAGACGAUGUGUCAUUCACUAUGCGAGGUGACGAGUUCACCGAGCCUGGUGACCAGUGCAUGCCGCCAUUUGACGACAGCGAGCAGUACGGGUUCGCGCUUGUCGGUGCUGCGUUCCUGCAGAGAUAUUACUCCGUCUACGACUUUGGUGCUGACAAGGUCGAGGACUACCAGCCAAAGAUUGGCUUUGGAAGGUUGAAGAAGGAGUACGAUUACCUGUACCAAUGA